AUGAAAGCUAGCAAAGAAGCUGCGCAGUUGAUUUUUAUAGAUUGUGCACCAAACAGAGCAAGAUCAAUUCAAUAUUGGGUGAAUUUUUGGCUUCAGAAUAAUCACCUUCCAAUGAGUCGUCAAGGUAAACAUCAAAAAACAAUACGAUUAAUAGAUGAUGAGGAUAUACAAAAAUUGCUCAUUAAUUCUGGAAUAACUAAAAAGAAAACUAUCGCCAAAGCAACUUCAACUCGAUGGUUAAAUGUACUUGGCUAUAGCUUUCAAUCACAAAAACAAGGUACAUACUAUGAUGGUCAUGAACGUCCUGAUGUUGUUGAAUAUCGAAAGUUAUUUCUGGAUAAAAUUUAUAGUUAUGAAAGGUACAUGGCUAAGUAUGAAGGUGUAUGGACAAAAACAGGAGAAUUGCCAUUGCGUAAAAAGGGAAAUGGACGUUCGAUAAUGGUUAGCGAAUUUUUGUCAGAAGAAUGUGGCCGUCUUAAAUUAAAUGCACAACAGCAUCAAGAAAACUCUUCCAUACCUCAAGAAGCGCGCACUUAUCUUUAG